GAGCAACUCGUUGUGACAGGUUCGACGGCAGGUGAUUAGAGGCGUCUGUGACGGAGGCGGCGACUUGGAAAUGUCAUCCGGACCGUAUUUUGUGGGCGUGGACGUGGGCACGGGCAGUGCGAGGGCGGCGCUGGUGGCAUCCGAUGGGCGUGUCCUGGAGCAGGCGGUGCAGACGAUCAAAACUUGGAACCCAGAGCCGGGCUACUACAACCAGUCAUCCGAUAAUAUUUGGCAAUCCAUCUGUCAGGUGGUGAAGAAAGUCAUCGCUGGCGUCGAUAAGUCAGAAGUCAAGGGCAUUGGCUUUGAUGCCACCUGCUCCUUGGUGGUCCUGGGUCCCCAAGGAUCGCCCCUGACUGUGAGCAAAUCCGGUGAGACGGAGCAGAACAUAAUCCUCUGGAUGGAUCAUCGUGCCGAGCAGGAAACCCAGGAGAUAAAUGCAUUUAAAAAUCCUCUGCUGAAGUAUGUGGGUGGUCAGGUGUCGCUGGAGAUGGAGGUCCCAAAGCUGCUCUGGCUGAAGAGGAACCUUUCGAAGACCUUUGGCAAUAUCUGGAGGGUUUUUGAUCUGCCCGACUUCCUAACCUGGCGAGCAACUGGUGUGGAUACCCGUUCACUGUGCUCUGUGGUUUGCAAGUGGAACUACGAUGCUGCGAAUAACAGCUGGAACAAGGAGUUCCUCAAGCAGGCUGACUUGGAGGAGUUGACCCAGAACAACUUCGAGAGGCUGGGCAGUGAUGUCCAGCCUCCGGGUAGAAAGGUGGGCAAAGGUCUUACAGCCAAAGCUGCCGGAGAAUUGGGCUUAUCCGCUGGAACUGUGGUCAGCACCUCCCUUAUCGAUGCCCAUGCUGGUGCCCUGGGAAUGUUUGGCUGCCGUUCCAAGGAAUCCAAGGGCUCCGAUGAUGUCCAGGGUAAGAUGGCACUGAUUGCCGGUACCUCAACCUGCCAUAUGAGCAUCACCCGGAAGGCCUGUUUCGCCCAGGGCAUUUGGGGUCCCUACCAGGAUGCCAUAAUACCUGGAUAUUUCCUAAACGAAGGUGGUCAGAGCAUUGCGGGACAUCUCCUGGACCAUGUCCUUAAGUCCCAUGAAUCCUAUGCCGAACUGAAAGAGAAACUGGGCGAGGAUAAGUUUAUCUAUCAGCAUCUCAACAAGUUGCUGCCGGAACUGGCAGUUGCUCGAGGAUUGAGUCAGGUGGGAUGCCUUACCCAGGAUAUCCAUGUCUGGCCCGAUUUACAUGGCAAUCGUUCGCCCAUCGCCGAUCCAACGCUGCGUGGAGUGAUCACUGGCUUGGAUAUGACGCGAGGAACUGAAUCUCUGGCCAUCAAGUACUUGGCGUUCGUUCAAGCUCUGGCUUAUGGCACCCGUCACAUUAUCGAGAACCUUUUUCAGUACGAUAGAGCGCCUUUUCAAACGCUCCUUUUCUGUGGAGGACUGGCCAAGAAUCCUUUGUAUGUGCAAUGCCACGCGGAUAUUUGCAACCUGCCCGGCUUGAUUCCAGAUGAACAGGAAAUGGUUUUGGUGGGAGCUGCUGCCCUGGGAGCCGCUGCCUCAGGUCACUUUGACAGCUUGGAGAGCGCCUCGAAAGCCAUGGGUGGUACUGGCCAGCUUGUAAAGCCAAACUCUGAAACCAUAGAGUUCCACAACCGCAAAUACAAAGUGUUCCUACAGCUACUGGAAAACCAACGUCAGUACCGCCGAAUUAUGCAGGGAGAAUCCAAUUAAUGUUAACUUUUCGAUGUGAAGACUUUAAAUAAUUUUAAAAUAAAUGCCGUACACGAGCAUUGUAA